CAUGCAAGAAUGCAGGCCAACAAGGAGGUAGAGGAGGAGGGCGGGGAGGUGUGUACCAUCGACUGGGAUGCCUUUGGCAACAUCGGCGGGCGGAAGAAGAAGGCGGCAUCCAAGGCUCGGGGCAAGAAGCGGGCCAAGAAGGGUAGGGGGUCCCGUAAGGGGAAGGAGAAAGUGGCCUACGAUGAGGAGGAGGAGGAGGAGGAGGAGGAGGAGGAGGAGGAGGAGGAGGAGGAGGAGGAGGAGGAGGAGGAGGAGGAGGAGGAGGAGGAGAAAGAGGAAAAGGAGGAGGAGGAGGAGGAGGAGGAGGAGGAGGAGGAGGAGGAGGAGGAGGAGGAGGAGGAGGAGGAGGAGGAGGAGGAGGAGGAUCAUGAGGAAGAGGAGGAGGAUGAGGAGGGCGAGGAGGAGGGCGAGGACGAGGAGGAGGGCGAGGGCAGUGGAUCAAAGGAGCCUCACAAGAGGGCCAAGGGGAGCAACCCCUGGGAUUGCAACGAUGGUGACAGUGGGGCGGAUGAGGAGGAGGACGAGGAGUAGUAGUGUGAGGAGGAGGUCGCG